UCAAUGUGUGCUGGCGGAGGGCGCGGCCUGCGCACCUGCGGGGGCGUGGCUUUGCCCUGCCCCACCUCCCUCAGGAGCCUCCGGGAAGGCGGCGGCCGCGCAGCGGGAGCAGCCCGGUCUCCGCGCAGCGAGGCGGCUCGGGCGGGCGGCCGUCAGGAGCAGCCAUGUCUGUGCAGGUGGCAGCCCCUGGAAGCACAGGGCUGGGCCCAGAACGCCUGAACCCCGAGGAGCUGGUGCGGCAGACACGACAGGUUGUACAGGGACUGGAGGCCCUGCGGGCCGAGCACCAUAGUCUGGCUGGGCACCUGGCGGAGGCCCUGGCUGGACCAGGCCCUGUGGCUGGUGUGGAGCUGCUGGAAGAGAAGCAACAGGUGGUGAACCACUCGCUGGAGGCCAUCGAGCUGGGGCUGGGUGAGGCCCAGGUGCUGCUGGCCCUGUCCGCACACGUGAGUGUGUUGGAGGCUGAGAAGCAGAGGCUACGGGCACAGGCACGGAGGCUAGCCCAAGAGAACACAUGGCUUCGAGAGGAGCUGGAGGAGACACAGAGGCGACUGCGGGCCAGCGAGGAGGCUGUGGCCCAGCUGGAAGAGGAGAAGAGCCACCUCCAGUUCCUGGGGCAGCUGAGGCAGUAUGACCCGCCCGAGGAGAGCCAGAGGCCCGAGUCCCCCCCUCGCCGAGACAGCUUGGCAUCUCUGUUCCCCAGUGAAGAGGAGGAAAAGAAAGGUCCUGAGGCAGCAGGAGCAGCAGCCGCGCAGCAGGGUGGCUAUGAGAUCCCAGCUCGUCUGCGGACCCUGCACAACCUGGUGAUCCAGUAUGCUGGCCAGGGCCGCUAUGAGGUGGCAGUUCCCCUAUGUCGCCAGGCUCUGGAGGACCUGGAGCGGAGCUCGGGCCACUGCCAUCCUGACGUGGCCACCAUGCUCAACAUCCUGGCACUCGUGUACAGGGACCAGAACAAAUACAAGGAAGCUACGGAGCUUCUUCACGACGCCCUGCAGAUCCGGGAACAGACGCUGGGUCCUGAACACCCUGCAGUGGCUGCCACCCUCAACAACCUGGCUGUCCUCUAUGGAAAACGUGGACGUUACCGGGAGGCAGAACCCCUCUGCCAGCGUGCUCUGGAGAUCCGUGAGAAGGUCCUGGGUGCAGACCACCCUGAUGUGGCCAAGCAGCUCAACAACCUGGCCCUACUGUGCCAGAACCAGGGCAAGUUUCAGGACGUGGAGCGGCACUAUGCGCGGGCCCUGAGCAUCUACGAGGCCCUGGGCGGGCCACAGGACCCAAAUGUGGCCAAGACUAAGAACAACCUGGCCUCAGCCUACCUGAAACAGAACAAGUAUCAGCAGGCAGAGGAGCUAUACAAGGAGAUCCUCAGCCAGGAGGCCCUGCCCGCCCCACUUGGAGCCCCCCAGGGAGGCACAGCAGGCGAUACACAGCAGCAGGUAAGCAGGCUCCACCUCAGGUCCUUGUUGGGCCCCCACCAUGUCCCCACACAUCACUGUGCCCUCCCCAGGUCCUGCGCAGGAGCAGUUCCUUCUCUAAGCUCCGGGAAUCCAUCAGGCGAGGAAGCGAGAAGCUGGUCUCCCGCCUCCGAGGAGAGGGCAUGGCAGGGGCUGCCGGGUGAGUGCCGGGAGAGGUCAGCAGUCUGUCAGGAACCAUCCGUGACAUCAGUCAGAGCCAGGGAUCUGCAGUCUUCCCUGUCUCACUCCUGUCUUUUUGGGCUCCUCUUCAGGAUGAAGAGAGCCAUGUCACUCAAUAUGCUGAACGUGGAUGGUCCCAGGGCUGCCCGGACGCAGCUCUCCCAGCUCUCAACCCGGCACCUGAGUGAGGCCCCUCGGACCCUGAGCAUCAGCACACAAGAUCUGAGCCCGCGCUAAGUGGACUGGCUGCAGAGGCCACAGCUUCUCAAGGAUCAGGAAGGGUGGGUGGUCACCCUGCACCCUGCCUGGGCAGCUCUUGUAGAUCGCUCCCUGCAAUUAAAGGCGGUGCACUGGUACUGGGUGUUUGCCGAGGGCCCUGGGACCUUCCAGCACCUCCCAGGAGCCACAGGCGGUCACCCCACAGCCCCGCUGUUCAGA